AUGGCAUGUCCUAAACCAUUUAAAUCCAAACAAGCAACCAUAACCAUUUUAAAGAUCAAACUGGGCAAACUCACAUAUUUGCUCCCACUUGAAACGAUAACACUAGACAAUAUACGUAAUGGCCUAGCAUUGGGCAUAACUAACUCAGGCGGUAUACCUACACAAGAUGAAAACGAGGAUAUCAAACGUGAAAAUAGGGAACAAGAUCUAAUGGAUGAAGAUAAUAUACCAGUACCUAAAUCUGAAUUUGAAGUAGUUGAGGAUUUGAGGGAAGUUGAUGGUACUACACAACACGUUGAUCCUGAAGAACUAAGAAUAGCUUUUCCAAGAGAUAGAUCCUCUCCUUAUGCUAAUGAAUGGAUUGAGUUGACAGAGGAGAAUAUAGACGAGGUUGAGUUUAAAGAUUAUGAUAUCUUGGCAUUUACUACAUCUACUCGUGACGAUUUCGCCAUUGUCGAAGCAGCAUAUGAUGACUAA